AUCUUGUUUAAUGUCUAGUACAUUUCGUCAUCGAACCAACGCUUCCUCAUAUCAACGACAGGAUGACGAUGAUUCGGGAAGAGAUGUUAUCUACAGCGGAAAAAGAGAGUUUUCCAGUAUGACCGUUGACUCGGAGGACGUGUACAAGAAAACAGGAUGGGGUAGAUGGCAGUAUUUAAUAUUAUUUGUUUGUUCUUUACUUUUCUUCGGGGUCGGAAUUGGUAUAGGUUAUGGCAUUGGUCGAAACCAAUCAGAGCAAACAAUUCCACAAGCAGGGGUCACUGCUCCAGAAACAGCAACAGAUCCACCCAGGUCUUCAAAUCCAGUGGAAACCAUUUUAAGCCAUAUUAACAAAGAAAAUAUCAAACAAAAUCUAAGAAAAUACACAAGCCGUCCGCGCAUGUCCGGAACACCUGGAGGAGAUGAGUUGGUGCAGAUAUUGCAUGACACUUGGAAAUCUUACGGUAUUGAUGAGGUCAAAGUAACACCAUAUGACGUAUUGAUGUCCUAUCCUAAUAAAACAAAUCCAAAUAGGGUACAACUUCUGACGUUAUCAAAUGAGUUAGUUUUUCAGUCUGCUUUGUUUGAACCAGCUUUAGACGAUCUGAGUAACAAUUCCGAAAUCAUUCCACCAUUCAAUGCCUUCGCUGCGGCUGGUAUUAGUGAGGGUGAACUGGUGUAUGUAAACUACGGCAGGAUAAAAGAUUUCCUCUAUCUUAUAAACAAUAAGUCCAUGGAUCUGAAAGGCAAAACAAUGAUCGCACGAUACGGGAAGAUCUUCCGAGGUGACAAGGUGAAGAAUGCGCAGCGUUUUAACGCCUCAGGGAUUAUUAUGUAUACAGACCCGUUCGAUUUUAACAGAGGAAACAGUACUUACCCAGAUUCCUGGUGGAUGCCACCCUCUGGACUCCAGAGGGGGACAGUGGGACCAGACGGAGACCAGUUGACCCCUCUCUACCCGGCAACUGACUAUGCAUACAGAAAGGAACAGUCAGAUACAGAAAACUUUAGAAUUCCAGCACAACCUAUAAGUUAUGGAGAUGCUCUUCCACUACUGAGAGAAAUGGCUGGGGAAGAGGUGCCCCCAGAUUGGAGAGGAGCCCUUCCUAUAUCGUAUAGAUUAGGGCCAGGAUUCAGGAAUUCUAGUCUGAAAAUUCGUGUAGAGGUGAAUAACUUUGAAGAGAGAAGAAUAGUUGAAAAUGUUAUUGGGUACAUCAAAGGCCAAACGGAACCAGACAGGUAUAUUUUACUUGGUAACCAUCACGAUGCGUGGGUGUUUGGUGCUAUUGAUCCACUCUCAGGAACUGCCGUUCUGACGGAACUUAUUCGGGUAUUUGGAGAGAUGCUAAAAUCUGGUACUCGACCUGACCGCACCAUUGUGUUCUGUGCCUGGGGAGCGGAGGAACAUGGUUUAAUAGGAUCAACCGAAUGGGUUGAGGAGUACAUGAAAGUGCUGUAUGAGCGUGCCGUUGCCUACCUGAAUGUUGACUAUGCAGUAGAUUACAGUUAUGUCUUAACUGCUGGAACCAGUCCACUGCUGCAGGAUUCUCUGUAUGAAGCUACUAAACUAGUUCCUAAUCCAGAAAGUAAUAGUCCGGAUAAAACCGUGUAUGAUGCUUGGAAAACAAGAGAUGGUUCGAAUGAUGUGGAACCAAGCGUAUAUUAUUCCCUGGGAUCAGGGAGUGACAUGGCCACAUUUUAUCAAAGAGCUGGAGUACCAAGUGUAGACAUGUGGUUUACCUAUGAUUCGGAUAAAUGGGAUAUUCUUUCAUAUCCUGUAUAUCAUUCUGCAUACGAAACAAUUUAUCUGUACGAGAAGUUUAUUGAUCCAGAUUUCUCAUACACGAAAUCAAUGGCUGGACUGUGGGGCAUCCUUGCAUGGAACAUUGCCAAUGACAAAGUUUUAAAGUAUGAUGUCAGAAGAUAUGCCUCAGCAAUUAAUACAUUUAUAACAAGUUUAAAGAAAGAUUUUGGAGUAAAGUGGUCAAAAGAAAAUGUUAACAUAGCCGCUCUCGAAUCUGCAGCACAGAAUUUAACAACGGAAGCAAACAGAUUCCAUCUAAAACUACAACAGAAAUUACACCAUAAAAACAAAAUAAGUGUAUUAGAGAGCAGGAUGAUUAAUGAUAGGUUGAUACAAUUUGAGAGAGCUUUCAUUGAUUGCGAGGGACUUCCAGGCCGCCCAAUGUACAAACACGUGAUGUUUGCGCCCAGUAUGUAUGAUUCCUACUCGGACAACAGUUUCCCAGGUAUAGUGGACACUAUGAACGAAAUUGAACACCGUAAUGCAACCGAAAAGUGGGGAAUAUUGAAACAACAAGUAUAUGUAGCCACUUUCACAAUACAAUCAGCAGCUAAUACAUUAACUGAAAUUGGACUUUGAUAUUUGUUUUAAUCGAUUAGAUUUUUUUCCUAGAAUUUUUUUCAUAUUAGUAACUGCAGUUUUUUUUUUUUUUUUGUAAUACUUAUUUCCUACAAAUUGUAAAAGUGGAGUUUUAUGAAUGUUUAACAUGAUCAUGUUUGUGAAUUUGCACUUAAAAUCACCAUAAUAAAUGUAAAAUGUCAAUUUUUAAGGUAUAUUUUGAAAUAUUUUUCUUUAAAAAUUAUAUGUUUAUAUUGACUACGAUGAUGUUUUUACAAUGAAGAGAAAGUAUUAAAAAUCGCUUAUGAUUGUCGGCCAGUUCUUUUUCUUUUCUGUUUUAAAUAUGUAGUUUUUACAGAAGUACCGUAUAUCCGCUUUUUUUGGCGAUGAUCUAAUUUUCGCAUUUUUUGCGAUCAAUUUUAAUUCGCAAGAAAUAAAGCACGCAGAAAUUAUAUCGGUUAUUGUGUGCCACAAAAACGUUACCGUUUUUUAAUUUUUUUUUUUAAAUCACAAAAAAUAACUGACGCAAAAUUAAAACUGUACAAAUCUACCCUUUUUUCGCAAAAUUUGCAAUACACGGAAAAAAAAACCCCGGAUAUAUGCUAAUAUUUAUUAUGCAUAUGUCUUAAAGAUUUGGCAUACAAGUAAAUAUAAGCGUGUUAAGCAAUGCAUGAUCACUUGCCACAAUAAUUUCACGUAUUCUUCAAGCAACUAUCAAACACUUCAAUUAAAUUUUUUUCUUUAUAUUUUAGGCAGUUUUCAGCAAUAUCCCACUUGAUUCAUAAGAAAUUCCUGAAAAAAAAAAUCAAAAACAAAUUAUGCAUAAUUCUUAACUUGCAGACAAAUACAGCGUGUAUUUAAAUGAAAAUCGAUUAUUAAACUAGAAAAUCGCAAUUUUACAUAACGAAUAUUGUUUUUGGCCUUCUCAGAGAUAUUGUUGCUUAAGAUCGAAACUUUCUUUUAUGUGUUAAACACGCGUUUUUCUGACGCUCUUAAGAAAAUCAGAGAAAUAUUGUUAGAUGGACUGUCCAAAACCGUGUUCUGUCGUUAGUGAUGAUCGUCAGUUGGAGCGAAGAGUUUUUUCCAACAUCUUUGUUUUAUUAUUGAUUUAUGAACGUACAUAGAGCUCUAUUGCUAAUUUAAAUUUUUGUAAUUAUUGAAUAAAUACUCUCAUAAUUGUCCUUUGCAGUAUGUCAUGUAUGUAAAAUAAAAAUAACAAAUGUUUUGUAAAAGGUUGUUUGUCUGCUGAAUUUAAAGAUUGUAAUGAAGAAUCUGUGUGUUUAUGUUGCUAUAUUUAAUAUUAUUACUGAAAGAGGAAGUUUGAUUGUGUCAAAAACAUAAAAUGUGUAUUUAGUGUUUACAUUCCUCGUUAAUAGUUUUAGCUUUUUUUGGAAUAAAUGAGAAAAGACACGUCAAGAUUUUCGAUGA